ACCCUGUGAUCAGACGUUCCAAGUCCGAAGUUUUUGCCUGUUUACCCGUCUCAGCGGGAGUCAGCGUGUACGAGGUACCGCCCACCAGUCCCACCUGAGGUGCUUCAGAACAAGACGUGUCAGACUCGAGCUCCGACAUGAAGACUCUUCUGCUCUUCCUCUUUGUUGCGGUGGCUGCCGUCUACAGCCAAGUCCCAGAAAGAUGCGAGGCACCCUCGGCGUUUGAGUCCAGAAUUGGAAGACUGGACACAAUAAGGGGUUACUUCGUCCGCGGCAAGAUGUCCUACGAUGCUCGCAACAUGCGGACCCGGAUCGUCGAGGAGGUAGAAACCAGGGAGGACAAGGAGUACUACGAUGUGCUUUAUCUUCACAACACCCAACCUGGUAAGGAAUACCGCUACAACUUGAAGACCAAGCAAUGUGAGACCAGGAUGCUUAACAACUCCUUCCGCCGGUUCGAAAUCCCCGAAGACGCCCAUCCCUUCGGAGAGUUCACCAUCGGGACCAAGGGGCAGCCGGGCGAGGGAGUCGACGUCACCAUGUGGGGAGGGCGGACGUCGAUGGGGGGUGAGUUUGUUGGUGUCUUCACACUGGCUGGCUGUGUUCCUGUCAACGAUCGCUACUUCCGCAACGAAAGCAGCUUUGACAAUACAGACUUCUACGAUGUGACCCUCGGCAUUUCCAAUGCCAGCAUCUUCAUUCCGCCGCAUGAGUGUAUGCCCUGAGCACCUGCAGCACCCAACCCUGUGAUGUAUCUAUCGCAGCUGCAGAAGUCGUUCUAUGCAGAGCCUCACCUGCAGCCCAUACAAUUUACCCUGGAAAGGCUCUGCUAAAGAGGGCUGAGUUUUCCACUGUUGUGGGCAUGGGCUCUAACCUCAGCUAUCAACCAGAUUCGGCCCACUCUAGCAGAUCCUCCCCAAAGUAUAUCCUAUAUAUAUGCAGGCAAGGCUCUGCAGAGGAGAGUGCAGAAGCCAUAUGAUUUACUCUCUAAUGGCAUAUUAAAUGUGACAAUUAA